GCGCCGGAUAGGCCCUUGGAAAAUGCGUGAUGGGCAGGCGCGGCCAAAACGACGGACACUCCAGAUAUCGGUCGUCCAUGAGCGGGGAGCGCACACGCCGGAACUGGGCCAAGAUGUGCGAAUACCAUCAUACACGGUCGUUCUUUCCACUCAUUCAGAUGGCUUCAGAUCGCUCUACUAGUAUGGUCUUUGAUCGGCUUGACGCCAGGGCACUUCGCCGCAUACAACUACCUUCGGCACAACUUUUCUGAACACCGGUACAUCUUCAUUUCUUGUCUCGCACAGAACAUCUCUUCCGUGUUCUACUUUGCGUGUCUUCACAACAAGAAGACGACGCAUUUUUCCAGCUCUGCUCCCGUGACAGAGCUCUUGAGGAGCACCCUAAUCCCUCCCCUGAUCCGUCCUUCCUGGCCAUGGCACCAGACCUAUCUCAGAAUAGUCAUUCCUGCGCGCCUCCUCUGGAGAAAGAAGGGCAAGCGGAAGCCGAGACUAUCAUGAAUGAGAGUCCCGCCAGGUCCACGACAAUCAACAACAGCCAUGAGCGUGAAAUAUAUCAGCGGGUGCCUCCGUUAAAUCCGCCCCAUACUACCGUGACUCACCCGCUUCCGGCCAGCAUCUUGAACACAACGGACACCAUGCUGCCCCCGUAUCCUCCCAUAGGGAAGGUUGCCAUGACUCGAUAUGGUCCUAAGGAGGUCAUUGUGACUGGAUCUGACGGGCUUUUCUUUUUCCGUCGGAUGCAUUACCAUCCUUGGAAACCGUGGUCCCAGCUUCAGCGAUUUCCGCGGAGAGAAGCCGAGCUAAACGCUACGACUGUAACCGGGCUGGCGGUCCACGAGGACAUGGACAAAACUCUGCGCGUGUACUGUGUCGCAAAGGGCCAAUUAUACGCCUUCUACCGUCCCGGGGACCUGAGCACAGGCUUUGUUGUUGAUCACUGUCCUGCUUUUGACGAAUUCAAGAUCAAGGGCAUUCCAGCGGCUGCUACACUCUCGGAACAAAUCGGGGGCGUUGAUUCUGAUCGCACACUUCGAUGGUGCCUUGUCGUGCCACGCAGUCUUGGUGGCUUGCUUUACACCGAUACCACAGCCCCCAGCAAAGGAACCUACAACAUUUCCGAGCCCCCACACCAAUACUGGACGCAUGCCUCGGUGUUUGCUGAACACCUGACCGAGAUCUCUGCAGUCGCCAUUACCGUCUCACGUGUAUACAAGACGCCACGCUUGGCCGAUGAUCCGCCCACCGAAGUAGUCGCAGUCUGCAUCAACCGGGGUCGCUUACACAGCUUCGAGGGAAUAUUUAACCCCGUGGAGUGGGAAACCAAGAAAUUUGGCCAUCAGGACAUCCCCAUCCAGCAUCCAGGCCGGGUGAUCGGCAACCCGGUGCUCCUAAGCGAUGAGAACGAGCAAGGACGACACCAGCUCGACCUGCUUGUCCCUUCCGCGAAGGGCGGCAUCUUUCGUUUCAUGCGGACCGAGAGUACACGUCGGGAGUGGCACAUGGUCGGUCGUAUCGGCUUUCCAAUCGGCUUCCCGCUCGUGUCGAGCCUCGCCUGUGCGCGUCUGGGCCCGGCGCAGCUGGGCGGUGACCACCUUCCUCCCGGGUCCUCCCUCCACGCUUUUAUGCAGUGUAAGGGCAAGCUCUACUUCAUCAAGGCCCCCGAAACCGCUACCACAUGGGCCAGAUCUCGAUUGGAAGCAAUCCUUGGGCCUGGACCGUUUCAUGAUUGA